UAUUUUCGGUUAUUUUGCUAAAGAUGCAAGAUUACUAUAGAAAGUGAAUGGAUUAAGACACGAAUCAUCACUUGCUCCAUCCUUCGUAACUCUAUUUCAGACCAUCAACUGCAACUUCAUUAAAUUCCACCACCACCGAGAAAUCACAAACUGGAAUCGAGAUUCUCGGCAUUGACAUGAGCCCAAUCGGUUCUACACUCUUCAAGAACAAUGGGGAUUUCAAGAACUCAUGCUUGCAUGAAAAAGAUCGCAUUUUUAUCGAAUUUGGUGAGCAAGAAAGCCUCUGGGUCAAGAUUGUUCUGUGUUGCAAGCGGCAGGCGCGAUGGUUUCGAUGAGGUGUUGAGCAGAGGGAAGAGGUUCGCAGCUGUUUGGGGCAAUGGGGAUUUUGGGAGGCUAGGAUUGGGCAAUUUGGAGUCAAAGUGGAGACCUAAGCCAAUUUCACCAUCUGCUUUUGGGGAUCAGAGUUUGAAGGAGGUCGCUUGUGGUGGGGCCCACACACUUUUCCUCACUGAAAAUGGAGAUGUUUAUGCUACUGGACUCAAUGACUUUGGACAGCUAGGCAUAUCAGAGACACAAGAUUAUUCGACCGAGCCUCGCCGGGUUUCCAGUAUUCCCAAGAGAAUUGUUAAAAUCUCAGCUGGCUACCACCACUCAGCUGCCAUUACAGAGGAUGGUGAACUCUAUUUAUGGGGAAAGAAUGCAAAUGGGCAACUUGGCCUUGGAAAAAAGGCACAAAAGAUUAUUCCUAUUCCCUGUAAGGUUGAAUGCUUGGAAGGAGUCGCAGUAAGAGCGAUAUCUUUGGGGUUCGAACACUCAAUUGCUAUCACAGACAACGGUGAAGCUCUGAGUUGGGGAGAUGGAGAGUCUGGACGGCUUGGUCAUGGGCAUGGAUCGAGCAUUUUGGGGUUUCAAAAGACCAGCAGUGAGUAUACCCCACGUCUGAUUAAAAGUCUAGAGGGAAUCCAGGUCAAAAGUGUUUCAGCUGGAAUGCUGCACUCUGCGUGUAUUUCCGAAGAUGGCUCUGUUUAUGUUUUCGGUGAAAAAGAAUUAGGAAAAUGGGGUUUUGGAAAAGCAAAGAAUGCGACAACACCAUCUACGAUUGACGCCAUGCCAUAUUCGGAUGAAGUUGCUUGUGGUGCUUAUCAUACCUGUGUAAUUACAAAUGGUGGGGAACUGUACUCAUGGGGAACCAACGAGAAUGGAUGUCUAGGCAUCGGUUGCACAAAUGUCAGUUAUUCGCCUGAAAGAGUCCAAGGCUCGUUGUCGACACAACCAGUUAUCAAGGUGUCCUGUGGCUGGAAACACACAGCAGCAGUUUCUGAUGGCCAUGUCUACACGUGGGGAUGGGGUGGUUCGAAUGGAACUUUUCAAGACGAUGGCCAUUCACCGGGAGGACAGUUGGGUCAAGGUGAUGACAUGGACUACGUCAAACCAAGGCUGCUCGACUUCCAUAAGAGCGUCAAAGCUUUAGACGUAUCUUGCGGAUUCAAUCACACUGCUGGCUUGUUUGAAUCGACAAAUUAAGUCGUUUCACAGAACGGGACGUCCCGUGCUUAUCUUCGCGAGAUCUUGAAGGGAUAUUUUGUUGUUGUUUACCAUUCGAAGGUUCAUUGAAACCUCCAAAUCAUGCUGAAGCAGAAUAUACAGGUUCAGGUCAGUCUGCUGAAGUUUUCCAUGGAUUUAGUGAAAAUCUGAUUAUUUUACAUCAAAUAUCAUUUACAUGUCUAUAAAUAGAGAAUAAAGAGAGAUGAAAAGUAAAUGUGAAAGAUUUGUGAUUGUAGCAAUCUGAUUCUGUUUAUGAGGUUUAUAAAAGCAUAAAGCAUGUUGUAACUUUAUUGUGUAUCAAGAGUUGUACCACAUUUUUUGGGCACAAUUAUUUCGCAGUAUUUGGUUAUAAAAA